AUGAAGUGGAAGAGAGGGCCAUGCGAGUUUCUGUCGCAGAAAACGUUCCUCAUAAUAAAGGAUGAUUUGGAUUCAAAAGAUGCGACCAAGAAAACAGACGGCAGGAAGGCAGCGGCGAAAAAUGCGACGCGUAUCGGCACCUGGCCGCCAAAAAUGAAGCGCGUGGUUUUCUGCACGGAAGAACCAGAGAGGCCGAAGACGGCGAAUCUUGCGAGGCCAAGUGUGCUGGACCCCGCGCUCGUGGAUAAGCUUGACAUGUCAUUGCUCAGUAAGGAAUUGCUUUGCGACUCGAUGACACGUUUCCAUCAGAAUGGGAAGCCAGUCAGUGGGGGCACGACAUCAUCGUCAUCGUCGUCGUCGCUGUCGUUGCUGUUACCGUCGCCGCCGUCGGUAUCACGACGACGCCAGAGCGCCGUCGUCAACAUCGCGACAACCACCACUUGGCCGUCUCAUGACGCUCCAGUGCGUCGUCAGCGACGGAGCUUCGAGCAGAUUUACGAGCCGCGGAUAGCAGCGGGCCAAAUGGAGGAGAUUGACAGAUCACGAUCGCCUGCAGUCGCCACGAUGCAAGAGUUUGCGUCCAAACGAAACUCCGACAUCAGGAAGCUCGACGAUAACAACAACAAAAACAGUCCUCCUAAAGUGCUAUCAAUGGUGAAGAAGAGAAACUCGAGGUCCGGUUUAUCAAAUGAUCUGGAAAUAUUCACCUCCACCUCAAAGACAACAAGAAGUGCGCCAGAGCCUUGCAAGUCCUGCGGGCGUCCGGAUCAGCCCGAAAGGUUUCACAGUCAUCCUAAGAGCAGUCAUGCCAGAAUCAAGGAUAUUCCAACGCCGAUGACGAUGAAACCGAAGCCCGCGGUGCCGCCAGUACCAAAGUCCAUUCAAAAGCCGGUGGCGUUGAACUUUCGCAGCGACCGUAACAGGAAUAAAUUGGAUGAGGCCGAAACAAAGUCAAAUCCGGUCAUUCCUCAGGAUCAUCCCUCGGACCAGCAAAGCAGAUCGUCCGCGUCGAUGAAACGAGGUCCCAGGAGCGUCACGUGUUACGUAUGCGGUCGGGAAUUCGGCACUGCCAGCUUUCCUAUACAUGAGCCUAAGUGCAUGGAGAAAUGGGAGCGCGAGAAUAAUUCGUUGCCUCCGUCUCAAAGACGGCCCAAACCGCAAAAACCUGCGGUUAGCAUCGAGCACAUCGACUGGAACGCAGCUGCAUGGGAGCAGAGUCAGGAGCAAUUAGUUCCAUGUGCUAAGUGUGGGAGGACAUUUCUACCAGAACGAUUACCAAUCCAUGAAAGAAGCUGCAAAGCCACGCCUAAGAAUAAUGAACGAUUGGCUACGCCAGUGAAUGGGCGUAGUGCACCGCUUACUAUUCCCUGUUGUGUUUGUGGGCGGAGAUUUGGCACUAGAAGCAUUAAGAUUCAUGAGCCACAGUGCAAUAGGCGAUGGCAAACGCAGAAUGAUGCAAAUCAACAGGAUAACCAAGUCCCUUACAGGCAAAAAUCAGCCAAUAAUGCACAGGGAAGUUCACAGUCAAUGUAUCCGAAUUUGUCACAAAAGAAAACAGUUACUUGUUAUAUCUGUGGCCGAGAUUUCGGAUCGUCCAGUAUCGCUAUUCACGAACCCCAGUGCUUGAAGAAGUGGCAUGCUGAGAAUGAUAAGCUGUCGCCGGCUCGAAGAAGAAAGGAGCCACAAAAACCUGAAGUUAUAUACAUACAGGAUUCCAGCACAGGAAAUAUGGUGGUUGAUCAGGCAGCAACAGUUGAGGCCAACUGGAUGACGCAUCUGAGCCAACUGAUACCCUGCAAGCAUUGUGGAAGAACCUUUAAUCCAGAUCGUGUGAACAUUCAUGAGAAAAGCUGCAAAGGGAGCCGUUAAAAAUCUAUCGGUUCUCUCUCAACUUAACGUCAGAAUAUAUUAUACUCAAGUACCGUUUAUAUUCUUUAGAAGUGAUCUGUGUUCCUACAUGGAUAUUAUAAAUAAUAUCAACUUUUGUAACAUAUAG